AUGAGACGGGAAGACUGUAAGAAGGAGGAGAAAAGAAGGGAGGAGAAGAAGGAGUCGAAGAAAAAGGAGGACGAAAGAAAAAUGGAGGAUGACCCUGAGAAAGAGCAAUUCAUAGGGACCUCUGCAGUAGCUAAGGUACUUGAUGAAGCCCAAAUCCCCUAUGUCAUCUGGGGCGGGGUGAUGUACGUUCUGAUGCAUGUCCGGAAAGGUUGUUCCAAGCUGGAGAUAACCUUUGUGAUCCCGGAUGAAUAUCUGAGCGAGGCAGUCCAGGCGCUCAGAGCCGCGGGGUACUCCGAUAGAAAUGCCUGGGAUUGGUCCUGUUUCUGGGAUCGUCCCCAUGAGAGCAUCCGCGGGGCUUAUACGUGGCCUGCCCACCCCUUUGAACCAAAGAAGGGCCUCACAUUUCAUAACCCCAUCGGUCUGCUUCGGAAGUCCCAGUGGCUCUCCAGCUUCCCUGACCCCCCCGUCGGCUUCCCCAGAGACGACGACCCGAACUUCAUGCUCACAACGGAUUGCCGCCUUAUGGACUGGGGGACCCCCGGGUGGGCUAGUGAUUUCUACCCGGUCAAGAUGCUCAAGCCUGUCCCGUGGGUAGAGUCAUUGAUUCUCCAAGAGGUGCGCGAUUGGACUCUCAAGAAAAGCGUAGGGGUGGGUUGGCCCUGGCUCCAGGCCAUCGAGCAAUUCCAUCGGAAUUCCGCAAGGCUCCUUCCCCGGGAAUUGUUCAGUCCCCACUGCAUCCGGCAGCCCUUCGGUACCAUCUAUGAGCGUUUGAUGGUCGUGGAUGAUGAUAGAGUGACUUGCCGUGAGAUUAAUCCAUUACUGGAUCAGAUAUGGGAGGACAUGCGGGCGAAGGGCACUCUGCCGGACCCCAUGUUUGAGUGUGUUGACCCAGGCUUCAAGGAAUGCUUGGAAUUUCGAAAGCAACUGAGGGGCUUGUCUGGUGAAGAAAUCGAGGAGCGGUUUGGGGAGAACGCAGCAGACUAGAGG